AUGCUUUUCUACUUUCGCCUUUUUUUUUUUUCUUUCGGAUGGAAUUUUCUCACUGUUUUAACUAUUCUUUCCUCCCGUUUUCUUUUUCUUGCUUCUGUGCAUUCCUUCUUUAUUCCUUCGUUUAAUAUUUUACCAAAAUAUGUCGUUUCUCAUUUAUCUUUUUAUUUCUUUUUUUCCCUUUUUUCUUUUCUUGAUUCUAUGCUUUCCUUCUUUUUUCCUUCGUCUAAUAUUUUCCAAAAGUAUUUCUUUUCUUCCUUUCCUUGUUAUUUAUUUUUCUUGCUUCUGCGUAUUCCUUCUUUUUUCCUUUCGUCUAAUAUUUCUUUUCUCUCUCUCUCUCUCCUUUUUAUUUCUUUUUUCUUUUUCCUUUUCUUGCUUCGAAACCUUCCUUCUUUUUCCUUUUGUCUAAUAUUUCUUUUCCCUCUCUCUAUCCUUUUUAUUUUCUAUUUCUUUUUCUUACUUCGAGACCUUUCUUCUUUUUCCUUUCGUCUAACAUUUCUUUUCUCUCUCUCAUUUGUAUUUCUUUUUCUUGCUUUGAAACCUUCCUUCUUUUUCCUUUCGUCUAAUAUUUCUUUUCUCUCUCUCUCUCCUUUUUAUUUCUUUUUCCUUUUUUUGCUUCUAUGCCUUUCUUCUUUUUCCUUUCGUCUAACAUUUCUUUUCUCUCUCUCAUUUGUAUUUCUUUUUCUUGCUUUGAAACCUUCCUUCUUUUUCCUGUCGUCUAACAUUUCUUUUCUCUCUCUCUCUUCUUUUUAUUUAUUUUUCCUUUUUUUUGCUUCUAUGCCUUUCUUCUUUUUCCUUUCGUCUAAUAUUUCUUUUCUGUCUCUCCUUUUUAUUUCUUAUUUCCUUUUCUUUUUUCUAUGA